AUGUCGGGCUUCAGCCCGGAGCUGAUCGAUUAUCUGGAGGGAAAGAUCUCCUUCGAAGAGUUCGAGCGGCGGCGAGAGGAGCGUAAGAGCCGCGAGAAGGUCAGUCUGCAGGAUGGUGAAAAUACGUCUGCUGAUGAAAACACUGAAGAUGUAGAGGCUCCAUCUUCAUCAAAAAAAGCAUCUGGGAAAUCCCAAGAUCAGGAUGAAACGGACGGAGAAACUGAUGGCAUCAGUAAAUCUGUUCAUCGGGUCUUUGCAUCCAUGCUUGGGGAAAAUGAAGAGGAGGAGGAGGAUGAAGAGGAAGAAGAGGAAGAGGAAACUACUGAGCAACCCACAGCUGGUGAUGUUUUCAUGCUGGAGAUGGUACUUAAUCGUGAGACCAAGAAAAUGAUGAAGGAGAAAAGACCUCGCAGCAAACUUCCUCGUGCCUUGAGGGGUCUGAUGGGAGAGGCCAAUAUCCGGUUUGCUCGAGGAGAGCGUGAGGAGGCCAUUCUGAUGUGCAUGGAAAUCAUUCGACAGGCUCCUCUUGCUCAUGAGCCAUUUUCUACUCUUGCCAUGAUCUAUGAAGACCAGGGUGAUAUGGAGAAGUCUUUACAGUUUGAACUGAUUGCAGCUCACCUAAAUCCCAGUGAUACUGAGGAAUGGGUUAGACUGGCUGAAAUGUCACUGGAGCAAGACAAUAUUAAACAGGCUGUUUUUUGCUACACGAAAGCUCUGAAAUAUGACGCAACCAAUGUGCGUUACCUGUGGGAGCGAUCGAGCCUGUACGAGCAGCUGGGGGAGCACAAGAUGGCUAUGGAUGGCUACAGGCGCAUCCUGAACCUCCUCUCCCCCUCUGAUGGAGAACGCUUCAUGCAGCUGGCAAGAGACAUGGCAAAGAGUUAUUAUGAAGCCAAUGAUGUGACCUCUGCUAUUGAGAUAAUAGAAGAAGCCUUUACUAAACACCAGAGCCUGGUGUCCAUGGAAGAUGUUAACAUCUCAGCUGAACUGUAUAUUUCCUCCAAACAGUAUGACAAAGCUCUGGCGGUUAUUACAGAUUUUGCAGGAAUUGUGCUUGAAAAGAAAACACCAGAAAAAAGUCCAGCUGAGAAGAAAGCUGUGGAGAAGGUCAGCUGCUCCAUACCUGAGGGCGUUCCCAUCGACAUCACAGUCAAGCUGAUGGUGUGUUUGGUUCACUUGAACAUCCUAGAGCCUCUCAAUCCUCUUCUGACCACUCUGGUAGAACAAAAUCCAGAAGAAAUGGGUGACUUGUACUUAGAUGUUGCAGAGGCGUUUCUGGAUGUGGGAGAGUACAACUCAGCACUGCCUCUCCUGAGCUCUCUUGUCUGCUCCGAGCGAUACAACUUGGCUGUUGUCUGGCUGCGGCAUGCGGAGUGCUUGAAGGCUUUGGGACACAUGGAGCGUGCUGCAGAGAGCUAUGCCAAAGUUGUUGAUCUUGCCCCACUGCACUUGGAUGCAAGAAUUUCACUUUCCACGCUUCAGCAGCAGCUGGGCCGACCUGAGAAGGCUCUGGAGGCACUGGAACCCAUGUAUGACCCAGACACACUGGCACAGGAUGCUAACGCUGCCCAGCAGGAAUUAAAGCUGCUUCUUCAUCGCUCCACACUGUUGUAUUCCCAAGGCAAAAUGUAUGGUUACAUCGACACCUUACUCACAAUGCUGGCAAUGCUGCUGAAGGUAGCAAUGAGCAGAGCUCAGGUGUGUUUGAUAUCUAGUUCCAAAUCUGGAGAGAGACACCUCUAUCUUAUCAAGGUGUCAAGGGAUAAAAUUUCUGACAAUGACGACCAAGAGACAGCAAAUUGUGAUGCAAAAGCAAUUUUUGCUGUUCUCACGAGUGUGCUGGCAAAGGAUGACUGGUGGAACCUCCUCCUGAAGGCUAUUUAUUCCUUGUGUGACCUCUCCCGGUACAAGGAGGCAGAGCUCCUCGUGGAUUCCUCAUUGGAGUAUUACUCGUUUUAUGAUGAUAGACAGAAGCGCAAGGAGCUGGAAUACUUUGGUCUCUCUGCUGCAAUUCUGGACAAGAACUUCAGGAAAGCAUACAACUAUAUCAGAAUCAUGGUGAUGGAAAAUGUCAAUAAACCUCAGCUGUGGAACAUCUUUAACCAAGUGACUAUGCAGUCUCAGGAUGUCCGUCACCAUCGCUUCUGUCUGCGCCUGAUGCUGAAGAACCCGGACAACCAUGCACUCUGUGUCCUGAAUGGGCACAACGCCUUUGUGUCUGGCAGCUUCAAGCAUGCACUUGGACAGUAUGUGCAAGCCUUCCGUGCAAACCCUGAUGAACCUCUGUACAGCCUUUGCAUUGGCUUGACUUUCAUCCACAUGGCCUCUCAGAAGUACGUGUUGAAGAGGCAUGCUCUCCUAGUACAGGGCUUCUCCUUCCUUCACCGGUACCUGGACCUGCGUGGACCAUGUCAAGAGUCUUUCUACAACCUUGGCCGUGGCCUUCACCAGCUGGGACUACUGCACCUGGCAAUCCACUAUUACCAGAAAGUCCUUGACCUUCCUCCCCUCACGUUAGAGGGAAUUGAAACUGACCAGACAGACUUGAGGAGAGACACUGCCUUUAACUUGUCACUUAUUUACCAGAGCAGUGGAAACACCAGGCUAGCACAGAAGAUGUUGUACACCUAUGCCGUUGUAUGA